GGACUUAAGAUCGUUCGACACUGGAAGGACACCGACUUCCGGUCUCACUCUCUCAGGUCUCCAUAGUCUUGAGGUGGACCUCAACUGCUAAUUGAGAGUUGCAGACUCAGAGAGAGAGAGAGAGAGAGAGAGAUGAGCAGCGAUUCGAAAGUAGAGACGAUCUCGAGACUUGCUCAGUGGAAGAUAGAGAACUUUGGUCCAUGUUCUUACAGACGGUCUGACCUUUUCAAGGUCGGAAUUUGGAACUGGCACUUGUCGAUAGAGAAGAAUCGCUAUCUCUACAUUCGUCUCUUUCCAGAGCCUUGUCGGGUCGCUAAAGAACAACCUCCCAUAGCUAGAUUUGUUCUCCGAGUAUCCAAUGUUGGCGCUAGUCGUCGCCCUUAUAUCUCGCCAAUUCAUGAGAGGCUGCUUCGGACCAGUGAAGACUUUGUGUGGCCUGUUGAUUCUACCAUUCAUGGCCGAUUUAUUAUUGAUGUUGAAUUUCUGGACCUGAAGAUUUGUCCCUUAAAUGGUGGGGAAGCCUAUUCUAUAUGGCCUAGUGAAGGAACAAUGCAGAACCUUGCAACCCAAAGUACCCUGAGAUGCCUCUCCCGUAUGCUCGAUGAAGUUAUCCAUGCAGAUAUAACCAUCAAUACAGCUGAUGGAACUCUGAGAGCUCACAAGGCAAUUCUGUCAGCAAGUUCUCCUGUGUUCCAGAGCAUGUUCUUGCACAACCUCAAGGAGAAAGAGUCCUCAACAAUUGAUAUAGAGGACAUGUCACUAGAGUCCUGCACAGCCCUACUUAGUUACUUGUAUGGGACCAUAAAACAAGAAGAUUUCUGGAAGCACCGGCUUGCGCUGUUGGGGGCAGCAAACAAGUAUGACAUUACAGACCUAAAAGAAGCUUGUGAAGAAAGCCUCUUGGAGGAUAUUAAUUCGAGCAAUGUCCUUGAGAGGUUGCAAGAGGCCUGGCUGUACCAAUUGAACAAGCUGAAGAAAGGAUGCAUGACGUACUUGUUUGAUUUUGGAAAAAUAUAUGAUGUCAGAGAUGAAAUAAGUAGCUUUUUCCGCCAUGCUGACAGGGAACUGGUGGUGGAGAUGUUUCAGGAGGUUCUAAACGCGUGGAAGCCUGCAUAACUCCUGCUUUGCCAAAUUAGUUAUAAGUUACUAUCAAUGCAUGCAUGCAUGUAUACAUCCUUGUAAUUUUGUCAGGUAUGUUAAACUUCUUAGUCCCAGAAGGAUAAAAGUAGCCGUGAGAGUAUUUAGAUUGUGUACGAGGUAUGUGCUUUUCUCAUUGUUGCUGCACACUGGUAUCAGUUUCCGGGAUGUACUAAAUUGCAGUCUAUUAUCCAAGUUAAUGAGAUAAGUUUGGAAGAUUCUAGUUGUGCAGUUCAAA